CCCGCGCCGUCAGUUUCCUCAGUUUCGCGCCGCGCACCGCACGCAUCAAACGCGUGCGCAGUAACAUAGUGAUAGGAAUAAGAUAUCGGGAUGCGUUCGGGCGUUCUCGCCGUUCUAGUGCUGUGCAUAGGGAGCGCUUUAAGCGCUGACCGCUAUGUGGGCAAGUCGCUGGGCGCUCUGAGUCAGCUGGAGCACGGCGUGCGCGGGAACGUGUUCGCCGUGGACGCGCGCACCCUGUAUAUACAGGGCUUCUUUUACGAUGGCGAGGGGCCAGCCGCCUAUUUUUACGUGGGCAGCAGCGGUUCGCCGUCCGCGACGGGGGCGACACGACUCCGUGACGACCGCGGUAGCACCAACCCCCUCCGCAAGUACAGGGGGGAGGGGAUAGCGCUGUCCCUGCCCGACAACCUGACGCUGAAGGACGUCAGGUGGUUCGCGGUGUGGUGUGAUGAAUACUCCGUAAACUUCGGUGACGUCCGUAUUCCCCGUGACCUCGAGUACCCGAAACCAGCUAAAGUUGGUGCCCUUCGUGGAGUCCACGGCGUAUCUUCAGACCCUGUGGUCGUGGUUGAUGCUCAGACCCUGCUCGUGCCUAACUUCUCCUACGAUGGAGAAGCCCCUGAUGCCAAGUUCUGGGUGGGACGCGGCUCCAAGCCCUCGCCGGCCGGCGUGAGGAUUCCGGACGAGAACGGCAAGGAAGCGCCGUUGAGGAAAUAUGACAGGAAGACCAUCGUGCUGACGCUUCCUGGGGAGCUGACGGUGUUCGACAUUGGCCACUUCGGCGUAUGGUGUGAGGCUUUCACUGUGGACUUCGGUCAUGUUCAACUGCCUCGUGAACAGCUGGCUAAUGUGCCACCCAGUUUGAAGAUGCUUGGAGUGUCUCCACAGUCGAAGCUGAACUGCGAGGUGUUGUACGAUGACCUGGCGUUCGAGGUCCGUUGGGCGGUAGCUGGGGACAGCAUCGUGCUGCAGCUGGUAUCUAAGCUGGAGGAUGGUGAAUACAUGUCUUUCGGUAUCUCCGGCGACCCUCACCACUCCCAAAUGGUUGGUGGCGACGUGGCUGUUGCGUGGGUGGACAAAACCACGCUCAAAGGAUUCGCUGUAGACUAUUACUUAGAUGCUAAGAGCCAGUGCGCUGGCGUGAGGGGGUCUUGUCCUGAUGAAGUAUUUGUGGACGGCACCAACUCCAUCCGUCUCCUCAACGCCGCGCUCGUCAACGGCUACAGCAUCGUCACCUUUCAGAGAAGCCUCAAGGCUGCUGAUGAACUGGACCUGGCUUUCCUGACCAACAGCAGCCAGCCUAUCAUCUGGGCCAUUGGGCCUUUGAACUCGAAGAACGAGGUUUCCUACCAUCAUCACUUUACCAAGGGAGACAAGUUCAUCGAAUUCGGUCGACCGCCUGUGUGGAACUGCCCCAUGCCAGAAGGAGAAGAUGAACGCGAACAGGAGCCAAUUCGCCCGAAACCGCAGCCUGCAGAGCAACCAAUAAAGCCUAACCCAGUGCCGACUCCCAAGCCUACUGACACCAAGGUGGUCCCCUGGGAGAUCCCGCCGAUCCAGUGCAAUGAACCUGAAGACGGGGUGUUCUACGCUCAGAUGGGGCCCACUGGUGGGAAGCAGGGAUACCCUGCUAUCACAGGUCAUGUCGGCUGGGGCAUAUCCUGGUACAUCAACGGUCUCCUCAUCCCCGAAAUCAAUGUUGUCCGCGGCCGCAAGUACACCUUCGUGACGGAAGGCGGAGAAGACGCUUCGCAACCAGCUCGGUACCAUCCCUUCUAUAUCACCAACGACCCUGUUGGGGGGUACUUCCAUAAAACUGAAGCUGAGAAACAGGGUGUCGAAAUCUACGCAGGCGUGCGCCGCUCACGCACCGGCGAACUAAUUCCAACAGGCAUUGGCCGCCUCUGUAACUGGACCCCCAAUAAAGAUGGACCAGAGGCCGAUGAAUACCCGAGCUUCGGAGCCUACCAGAGGUCAUUGACCCUGGUCUGCGAGCAAGGGGACCCUGGAGUUAUUACCUGGACCCCGGACAAGCAUACGCCUGAUACCGUCUAUUACCAGUGUUUCACCCACCGACAUCUCGGUUGGAAAAUAAACGUGGUUGACGAGUGUGACGCGCUCGACAGCGAGGAAAGCCGCGUGGUCGAGCGAGUGGUGGCGCCUGACCUCCUCGGAGAGGAAUCCGUCCAGCAGGUACACAGUCGUGUCAAACCCGAUAACCAAUUAGAGCACAAGCGACUAGAGAAAAUAAUCAACUCGAAAACACCUUAUAACGAUUUCAGUAGCGAUAAGCUCACCGGGGAGGUGCGGUAUCGCCCGGAGCCUUCCAACCAGCUAUACCAGGAGUAUGGAUUGCCGAUCGGCGCCGGACAGAUCAGGGAUGUCAUCGACGUCGUCGAGAACUUAGAGUCCAGCAUGAAGGAUGAAAUGAAUCGAGACAAACCCAAACCGCAUCAGUACCAGGUGCAUGAAGAUGUCAAGGAGUUCUUACCGGAACAACCCAUGAGGGAGGGAGACGAGUAUGUGAUAGAACCCGGGAAAAUGCCUGAAAACUACUUGCUGCAACCUAAUCAGAAGCCGAUAACGUUGCAGGCGGUACUUCGCCCUGGCUCAAAUGCACCGCCAGGUAUGGGACACCCGUUUAGGAAAACGCCCCCAGAAUUAAAGCUCCGUAGACCUCCACCGAAUAUGAGACCGCCACAUCCAGAUAGGCACCAAAGUAAUCCGGGCUACCCUCUAUCUAUGCCGACGCAUUCCCAGAAGAAGAAAUACAUGAACCGUGGACCGCCCGUUCGGCCACCUAAUACAUCAAACUAUGGACAUUUACCACUCAAACCAUUGUCGCCUCAGGGAAAACCUUUGCCUCCACAGGUUAAACCGUUGGUUCCACAUAAACCAUUGAAGCCAGGUUUCAGUCAUUCACUACAACCACCUGUGAGCCAAGUACCUUCUGGGCCAGUGCAAGGUAUUAUAAUGGGCAGACCGUCUAUGUCGUCUCUUUCAAAUAUUCAGCCGCCCAUUAAGACACAGACGUUAAGUCUUGGCAAGAGCGACAUAAUAGCGAAUCACGUUGUUAAAAGUCAAAUUACUCUCCCAGGGCUUAGUGAUUUAGUUAUUGCACAGCCCAGUGAACCACAAUUAACUAUAAGCCGACCAGGUCAAAUUAUAUUAGGAAAACCGAUGGAAAAUCCUGUGCCUUUAGAUCAGCAGAUGGCUCCAAACAGACCGAGGCCUGAAGUUAUGAGACCUAGACCGACAACUGAACCCCCUCGUCCAACAAACCCACCUCGCAUCAGGAUAAAACCAGUCGAGUCACUACCAGGUAACACUGAAACCGAUAUGAAGUCUUCUGAUUUCAUGGGACAAUCAGUUGACCCUACGCCACUGGCACCUGCAGUCAAUACUGGCUUCAAGCCUGAUUCAAUAGUCGUUGAGAGUGGCUUUAAACCUAUAAUUAGAGAACCGCUGAUGGCUAGUGAGGAUAGAAUAACGAAUUUUGGUGACAGUUCUAACAGAAGACAAGACACUGAUGUUGAAGAAGACUACGUAGAGGCUCCUCAAGGUAUCUCAUUACCAACAUCAAGUCAGGCUUAUCCUCCUAGUGAAACCUUGACUCAGUCAUUCGAACCUAUGUUUAUACCAUCGCCACUCGAUCAUAUCAGUGAAAAUGCAGAAAAAGCAACUACUACAGAACUAUUCCCCAGCAAUCACGCUAAGGAAGAACGACCAUAUCCAUUUUAUGUGCAAGACAAUGAUAAAACAGACGAACUUUUUAGUGAAAAGAAUAUGGAGAAGGAUGUCCCAGAUAUGGUAAUGGAAUCUGACAGAGUGAGUCCUCAGUAUCUACCUCCUGACCCGAAGUCACGUAACAAGCCACAAUCUAUAAAACAAGCACCGACACCAGAACAGACAUUUACAACUUACGACGGGAAAACUGUUUCUGGUGCGACAUUAGUUUCUGUACCUGCCCCUUCAAUCAUUUCGGCCUCAACCAGUGGUACCAAAUUGUUUUCAUCCAAGGUACCGUCAGUUACCGAAUUACUACUUAAGAAGCCACAAUUUGGACCAUAUAAAGGAGAUUUACCAACGGAAGUAGUAGAACAAUUACAAAAAGAUAAGGCAUCAAAAAGUCCUUUAAAAGUAGUUGGUUUUGAGGAAUUAAAUAAAGAAGAUGAGACUGAUGCGUUAAAAGCAGAAGAAAGUAAAAUUGACGAAGUUACAGUUUCAUCAUCACAAUCAACUGACGAUGACGAAAAUAUGGAAUAUGAUGAUGAUGAGGAAGAGGAAGAGGAAGAGGCAGGAGAGCAAUCGUCAAAUAGGCAAAGAAGAGAUACAAAAGAUACUCUAUUUGAAAGGGGGGAAGUAGAAGAGCAACCGGCUACGGUUGGGGUCAGUUCAAUAAAAAAUCAAGUAGACUUCGACGUUGGUAAAAAGACUAUAUCUAAUACAGCAGCACACACGUGGUCGACAAAUCUAGUUAAGCUUUCUAACGAUAUUGCUGAGACUUUUAUAAUUUGUUAUUUAUUUGACUAUUUAUUGGAUUAAGUUUAAGCCUUGCCAUUAAUUGCAUUUGAGCGUGGCCUGUCUUCGUCUAUCCUUGAUGUAUCUUGGUGCACACUGUUACCAACAUCUUUUACGCGUAAAGCAGUCAAUACUCCAUUAGUAUAAGGUUUUGUAAAUAUUUUUUUACGUUUUAAUAAUAAAUUAGUUUUACUUUU